GGCUGAUUCCGCCUAUUAAGUAAGAGAGCUAUGUUUUCGACUGCAGACCACCAACAUCUCAGCACUUCCUCGACUGUGCCAACAAAACUCAACUGAAGCCUUUCGCGCUUUGAUUAAAAUCAAACUUUGGAUUAGAUUUUGUGGUAUGUUAAAUUGAUUGUGAAGGAUGACCAGUAAAAUGAAGUUUGUUCGCUCUCUGAUGAAGACUGCAGCGCUGGCCAAUGUGCCAAAACACAUCGAUCAUUUCUCCAAGUUCUCCCCUUCUCCUUUAUCAAUGAAGCAGUUUUUGGAUUUCGGUGAGUGUUGCAUGGCUUCAUCUAUGAUCACUUUGUUUUAUCUCUGUAGAAAUUAUUCAGUGCACUUUUAGUUUGACAUGUCUCUUUGUAUUUUGGACAGAUUCUCUUAUUGUUUUACCUACUUGUUUUGAAUAGCAGGAUUAUAGUUAAAUUUGUUUUAUCCACAGAGACUGAAAUAAUUUUGUUCUAAGUGGAAUCAGUGUUGUAUCAAUAAAUCUGAAGUUGAACUGCCUUGUUGCUCUCACUGAUAAGCACUCUGUACUUGAUGAUCUGGACUUGGGAAGGGCGCUGAAACAAAGCAAGAACCAAUCAAAUUCUGUAUUGAAAAAGCUUAUAAUGGCGUUUCUGCUGCCCUUAUUUGUGAUUUGAUGGUGAUAAUAAUGACUGGAACAACAAGACGGUUAGGUUGGCGAGUUUUCCUAUUUCUAUGCCUUUAAAAAUGACAAUAUAGCUGUGAAUUUGAUAAGAAUAAGGAUAACUUGAUUGAUCCCCGAAGGGAAAUUCAAUUGUCUGUCGUCUCAUAAAGUCAUCUACGAUUUAUAAGAGUUGUAAAGAGGAAAAAAAAAGUCAUUUAAGUUGUAGUCUCACUUAAAUGAGAUAAAUCAAAAGUUCUUGAUAGAAAUCAGGGUUCAUUGUUGUGCCAUUACAUGAUAUGACACCUCAUGGGGAUGAUAAAUGUGCCCUGAGGCAUGUGUUUUUUGGCUCCCGUUGCAUAAGUCUGCCUCACCCUCCCAGUUUUGUGAACCUGAUACUUCAGGCACGCCUGGAGGGGAUAGCUGCCAAAUGUGAACAACAUCCACUUGGACUCGUGGAUGGACUGAUUAGAAGUUGGAGGUCAGAGGUUAAAGGCUGCUCUGACCUUAUGUCAGCCCCAUACUGGUAAACAACUUUUGUUUGUAAAGCCAGGAGAGACUUUUAUGACAUUUGGUAAAAAGUCUGCUCUGACAGAAAAAGUUCUGUUUGGGAAUUAAUGGUCAAAGAUUUCAGGAAAACAUACAUCCCCAUAACUCAAAAGACAAACUAACACUCUGACAUUAACAUGGUCUGUUGUAAGAGAAAGCUUUGGUGGAAAUUGGGUAAAUCGAGUCAAAUAUGUUUCAUAUAAUCUUGACUUUAACAUUUUAAUUGUCAUUGUCAUACUUUCUAGGUACGACCAAUGCCUGUGAGCGCACAUCGUUCGUCUUUCUCCGUCAGGAGCUUCCUGUGCGAUUGUCCAACACCAUGAAGGAGAUCAACCUGCUUCCAGACAAGCUGCGAGCAACUCCUUCAGUCCAGCUGGUCCAGAGCUGGUGAGACUUCCUGCAUAUAGGAAUUUGUUGAUUUACUGCCUUUGGAUAAUAACCAGACCUAAACUAUCCCUGCUUGAGCUUGUAAAUAUGAUUCAGAGUCUUGACAGUGUUUGAGCAGGUUGAUCUCAGUCCUGUAUGAAUGCACAACAAGAGGCUCUGAUUCCACAGGGCAGUAAAAUCUAAACUCAAUGAGACUCUCCUGGUUAAACUAGUCCCCUGUGUGUAAAUCUUGGAAGAUAUUCAACAUAUAUAUAUGUAUAUUUUUCAUGGUACACAUAUUUGAGAGUUUCACAAUUUCUCUUGCUGCACAGCCUCAAACUCUGCUGCUUGAGCACAGACCGUCCUGUGAUUUCUCAGACUUCUCAGAAACUCUUUCCAACCCACUUGAAGGCCUCCUUAAUUCCUCACAGAGUAAACGUCAUUUUUAAGGGUUUGAUUUGUUCUCCCGACAGCUACAAAUAGCGUCGGUAAACUGCACCGUUGGCCCAGCUAUUAGAGGAGAUUACAUUGCAGUGCAGGGAGGUGGGGUCUGAUGGCUGAACUUUGUUCCACUUACUUCUCUGGCCCCUUCCUCUCUUCUUCCCUUUUUCACGCUGCCUGCUUGUUGUUGCAGUUGAAGGGGACAGCUCGUCCAGAACAGAAAAGAGUUAUGGAGAGAUAAACACAGGCCAGUUUCAUUUCUAAGAAUAACCAUAGAAGGUAUUGGUAGAUCUAGCCAAGAUACUAAGAUGAAAUGUUUUGACAUAAUAAGUAGUCAGGGUUACGAAACAGAGAAAAGUUUUAGAAUAAUAUCUUAAGACAAAAUUAAUUUCUGACAAAAUAACUUGUUGAGGCUAGUUUAAGGUUUGGACUAUUUUCAAAGUGGACAUUGGGAUCUAUAGUCCUUUCUGUAGUGACGUGUUUUCUCUAGGAACAUCCUAGAAAUCUCUCACAGGGGAUUCUCAGUCAUAACACUUUCACGAGGGGAGGAUAUAGGAUAUAGGACGAGUGAUGAUCACAUGAUGAUGGAGGUGACGCAGUAAGACUUCAUGACCUUUAUGAUACCAGAGACGGAGACUUGCGUCCGUGGCGCAGCCGCUUAAAGGUCCUCUAAUGGGAAUGUGAUACACUGUGUUUCUGGCGGUGUCAAGCCCACCUGCUUCUGGAACAUGGUUUGGUUUAACCUCGCAGUCAUUCGAGGAACGUUUUAGUCACUCAGACAGAUUUACUCUGACCAAAACAAAAACAAGACACACGUAAAGUAGCAUUUCUUUCUUGUCUUUUCCUUUUCGGUUACUGAAAUCAUCAAAAAUAUGUAGCUCUAUAUUCAAGUAACAAACUAAGAUUCCCUCAAAUCUGAACUCCAACCUUUAUUUAUACACAAACAGAAAGAUGAUAAUGUACACAGUAUUUAUGAACAUAAACAGUCCCUCGCACCACCUGCAUGAGGGUGAAAAUAUGAAGCGAGGAAAACAAAGAGCCAAUAAGGUGAUUUGAUGUUUUGACUGGACACAUGUUUUCGUUAUUUUUUCAGUGAUUAUCAUUCAGGCAUUUUGUAAACCAACUGGAACUAUAAAUCAAUCAAUCAAUCUUUAUUUAUAUUGUGCUCUAUUUACAAAGACUAGACGUGAAGUUGGGAUAAGAUUGAACCCAAUGUGGUUUAAGGAGCCACUAUGAAAUCACUGUAGGUCCAUUAGUAGUUAAUAAAUAACAGAAAACCAUUGUUCAGCUCAGGGAACUUAAGCCGCCUCACAGAUAUGUCUUUGUUUUUGUCAUCACACAUAAAAACCUGUGGUGGGUGGACAUGUUUACAUCAUUCAUGCUCUCUCUCUCUUUUUCCACCCGCCUGGUUGCAGCAGAGUUUGAUGUAUAUACAUGUUUGUCUGCCAUGCUCACGCUCUCUUUAUCUUCUGUGAUAGCAGCCAUGCUGAGUAGUCAGUGACUCUUGUGUGUUUCUGUUCACUUAGGUACAUCCAGAGCCUGAUGGAGAUCCUGGAGUUUCUGGACAAGAACCCAGACGACCAGGAAGUUCUUGAAACGUGAGUGUGACAUUGUUUUUUUUUUCAUUUUUAAAAGAUGCUGGAUUAAACUUUUUUUGUCUAACCUUAUAUUUCCUGUCCACCAACUCCAGGUUUGUUGAAGUCUUGGAGUCGAUCAGAAACCGGCACAACGAGGUGGUCCCCACCAUGGCUCAGGGGAUCAUUGAGUACAAAGAUGCCUUCGGUCAGCAGGAUGCUGUCACUGACCACAACAUCCAGUACUUCCUGGACCGCUUUUACACCAGCCGUAUUUCCAUCCGCAUGCUCAUCAACCAGCACAGUGAGUUGGCUUGGAAGCUAAAUCAGAAUAAAUGAUCACCAUCCGUUUGCGGAGGAUUAAUGAGUUCAUCUUUCUCUCAUUUCUUGUAGCCCUCGUCUUCUACGGCAACACAAACCCCGCCCACCCAAACUCUAUCGGCUGUAUUGACUCCAUGUGCGAUGUGACAGAAGUCACAAGAGGUAAGAAGAUGUCAUUUAAAUAAUAAGUGAAAAAUCAAUGUAGUUAAUGAGCUUGUGUAUUAUAAAAGCCUAGUGGGCUGCUUGUCAGGUGUUUUCAUCCUCUCUGUUUCGACCCACCACUGGAUCACGAGGGCUCACUGCUACCUCUAUUAUCUAACACCACCAACUAUCUUGUUACAUUCAGCUUGAGAUGUUGACAGUCGAGUACUCCCCCUCAUGUUUACGAUGUUCCCUGGUUUGCUGCCCCCUUGUUUGGUGUGUGAAAGAGUUUACAUAAUGGUUGUUGAAAGUGAUCAUGCCAUUAAAUGUCACUUUUUGCACGAGUCAAAACAAACAAACAUAAAAAAAAAUCGAUAUUGAGAUACUGUUUUAUUAAAUUCUCUGUUAAGUUUUCUUCAAUAGUUAAAUAGUUUAAAAAUAGUUUUUUUCUUUCCAUUCAAAGCUGCUUUACUUUUCACAUUGUGUACCUUUUGCAGAGGUUGUAAGGAUGAUGAUGAUGUAAUGAAAUGAAUCAGGUCGAAAACUGGGACAGAGCAGUUAGUGCAGAGCGGGGCAGGCUGUACAUCCAGUCUGGCCCAGUUUCAAUACUUAAACAAACCAGGCAGUCCAGGCAGCUGGCUGUGAUCCAAUUCUCAUGCUGUUAAAUUCUUAAAAUGACCUUGUAUUUAUCAGAUCUGUUCAUCUUUAUGUCUCUUUUACUGUUGUUUUAUCUCUUUAGAUGCCUAUGAGAGCGCUAAGAUGCUGUGUGAGCAGUACUACCUCGGAGCACCAGAGCUGGAGAUGAGGGAAAUGAAUGGUGAGACCCAAAAAACACCAUGACGGAAAAACACUUGAAGUUGUUUUAAGGAUUCUGUAAACUACAGCUAAUUAUGGUCCAAUGUUUCCCUCGUUUGGAGAAACCACCAUAGCACCAUUAAAACAACUAUCUGACCUCUCCUCAUUUUCACAGCCUUGACCGUUGUUUUAUUUCCCCUCUCCUCUAGCCAACAGCGUCAGAGAGCCAAUCCACAUCUCUUAUAUUCCAUCUCACCUGUACCACAUGCUCUUUGAACUCUUCAAGGUAAUAAAUACAUUUGCUGCUUCAAACAAAUCACAUAAUAAGCACAGCAGGAUUAAAGCUGUUUUAAAAAGAGUGAAGAAAACCCCUGUUAUCUUUUUCCUUUUCGCACAGAAAGUUACUUUCUUUUUAUUAACUUUCAACUUUAUUUGGUUCCCUCUCUGUAGAACGCAAUGAGAGCAACCAUUGAGAACCAUGAAGCCAGCCGGACCCUCCCUCCUAUCAAAGUCAUGGUCGCUCUCGGUAAAGAGGACCUGUCAAUUACAGUGAGUAUCUCUUCUGUCAAAUAUAAAACUAGAAAAGCACUCGGAGAACGCAGACCUCCGCCAAGCAGCUCAUGUCCCCCCUUACAUAAGAAAUGCCUUGACCAGGAUUCAAACCCAGGGCCUUCUGGUUGGGAGGCAACAGUGCUAACCACUACACCACUGUACCGCCUGUCUACACCACUCUGCCGCCCAUUGGUUAUCUUUCAGGGUGUCGUUCAGCAUUCCAACGACACCCUUAUUUUUUUGUGUUCUGGAUCACAGUAUCCAGAAUUCUGGUGAAAAUUUCAGGUCAAUCCGUCUGUUACUUUCUCUGUAAAGUUACUAACAGACAAACAAACCAACGCUACUGAAAACAUAACCUCCUUGGCGGAGGUAAACAGUCAUGUUUCUUUAAAUUCUUGAACUGUUUUAGAGUUUUAUUUGAUAAAAAAGUGUCUAAAAUCACGUCAAACCAAAACUGUAUGUAUUUUAGUGCAAACGAGAGCAAAAAUCACCAGGAAGGAAAUAAGGUGUGGGUUCGUAAUGAAAGUGACGUCAGAGACAGGCCACAAUGGGGAGAACUGAUUCUGUGCUAAUCUUGCAUGGGAGCGAGUUGAGAACCAGCGGCCGACUCGCCCCGUAAUCAGAGCUUUAACUAAGCUUUCUAUUACGUCACAAUUUAAACAAGAAAAGGUUUUAUCCAAGUGCUCCAAAUUCUCAACUAGGAAUAGAAACAAAGUCGGCUUCUUUAAAACUUCCCACUUUAAUCAAUAAUCCAGCCUGUUAAAGUAUGUUACACAUUCGAUGUGUUUAAACUGAGGACUGUUCAGAGGCUGUCAAAGCGAAAGAAAAGUAGACUUUCCCCCCGUCUGCACUUAAAUGACGUGUUCUGCCCCCUUUGCCCGCUGGUGUCUGUUACCUCAAGUCACCUCUAUUCAGCUGCUUCGCUUGGCGAGAUAAACCUCAUAAACAUGCUUUAUCUUUAAAAGAUCCUCACCCACCUACACACAGCGCCGUCUCAAUGACGUUAUUCGCUCCUGGCACACCCAGCGUGCACAUUCACACAGCAUAACAUCAUAACAUUGCUGCACACUGGGGAAGUAGAAAGCUGGAUAAGAACUUUUAUUUUGACCCAAAUCAUGGCUGCUAAAUCCUCAGCGUCACAUCACCUUCUUCAUUAUCUCUACUUCUUUCUAGAUGAGCGACAAAGGCGGUGGCGUCCCCUUCAGGAAGACCGAGCAUCUGUUCAGCUACUUGUACUCAACAGCUCCAAGACCCACCUUUGGAGAAAAACACAGAGCCCCAUUGGUGAGCGGCUUAAAAACAGACACACAACUUAAAACAUCAUGUUAAAGCCGGCGAAGAGCUAACGCGUGUUUGUGUUUGUUUAUGUGUGUGUGUGUGUGUGUGUGUGUGUGUGCAGGCUGGGUUUGGCUACGGUCUGCCCAUCUCUCGUCUCUACGCUCGGUACUUCCAGGGAGACUUACAGCUCUACUCAAUGGAAGGUUUUGGCACUGAUGCUGUCAUACACCUGAAGGUAACACAUAUAAACACGAUUUCAUUCAAACUGGCCUGUUAAUUGUGUUUAUUACUGUUUAAAAUGUAGUUUCUAGAUUGCUUUGAAGUUAAAACAUGAACCUUAUAAGUGAUAUAAUCAAGUUGACAUUGAAGUAAAUCUGCUUUGUCUUUCUUCAGGCACUGUCGACAGACUCGGUGGAGAGACUCCCAGUUUUUAACAAGACAGCGUUGCGCCACUAUAAGCUGAGCCUGGAGGCGGACGAUUGGUGCGUCCCCUCCAAGGAGCCGCUGGACCUCGCCAUCUACCGCGCUGCCAAGUGAAGCCGUCAGGACCAGCGAGAUUUCUCCCACUCAGCACUUUGACGUUAUUUAAAUGAAGGGCAUUAGAUGAACAGAACAUGGUGGACCUUGAUUUGUUUAACUACCGCACAUUUGCUCUUUACUUCACUCAGAAGCUGCAGUUAGCGUCUCAUGACCUCAGGUUUUAUUUUACUAAGUGCCAACUAUGAACGGUUUCUCCUCCGAACCCACAACCUGUGGUGCCUCCAUCUAACCGAACAAGUUUCACAUUUUAUUCCACACUUGUGAAACUGUGGCAGUUUGAGCUCUUCAAGGACUUUGCACCCCUUUAGGUGCAGAAUAAAGCCUUCAAAAAAAUGUAGAUGUAACUUUAAAACACAACCAAAUAAUGGCCAGAGCUGAAGCGACCAAAAGAGAUUAAACAGGUCCUGAUUGUCUCGGUACUUCCUCAGUCGUCUUUGUUUAUCUCCUGUAGCUUUCUUUACACGUGUGCUCACCAUUAAAGAGGAACAAAAGACAUAGUUGUGAAAAUUUAGACAGGAAGAAAGAGAGAGUGAGGAGAGGAAUCAAGAAAAGAGGAUUUAGCUGGUUUUGGGAUUGAUUGUGAAAAGGACAAAAAAAUGUCACGUCAAACUUUUCUCAUACUUCUGGAACAAUCUGCAUUUUGUUUUCCAGUUUAAUAUUUUUGUUACAAUAAUUUCAAUCACAGAGAAACACAUUUUAAGUCAGUUUUUUUUGCUUUUCCAGAACAUCUUGUGAAGCUCAUUUCGGUCGUUUAGAUUUUAAGUUGGACUCCCUCAGAACAAAAAGCGUCUCUCCGUGUCGAUACAGAAGUGUGUUUUCCUUUUUUUUUUGCUACUAAAUAGAGGACCUUUCCCUUUUUCUUUGUGUGUCUCUAGGAGUGAUUCUGUUUUUUUUUUUUACUUGAACUUGACACUAAGUAAACUCCCUCCCUGUUUUACGGCCUUGUACUGAUUAAAAAUGCAGAACAAACACAUGCUCAGCUGCUUAGUUACUGAUAGCGAACAAGGAUUAAAAAUCAUUUAGUCAGAGUUUGAAAGGGACUGUAACGACAUGUAAGAGUUAUGUAAACUUGUCGUCUGUUGACAGAAGACGAGUUAUUCAUUAAUAAUCUUUGCUUGAUGUUUGGAAGUUAUGAAAUCAGCUUUUUCUUCAUGGCUCCAAACUGCAAACGUGUGUAUCGGUUGCUACUGUGAUUCACGAGCCCAGAGUGUGUUAUAUGAAGGGCCUGUAUUCUGUUGUAUAUUUGAAGUGAAAUGUUCAUAUCGAAGGACUUCUAUUUUUAUAAAGAAAUGUUUGAAAAUAAAUCCAGGAGAGAAUUAA